GAGGAUCUAGCAAAACAGCUGGCAAGCUACAAAGCUCAACUCCAGCAAGUUGAAGCUGCAUUGUCUGGAAAUGGAGAAAAUGAAGAUUUGCUGAAAUUAAAGAAAGAUUUACAAUGGCUCUCUGCAUCCCCGAAACGCCUUCCUUCAGUAAGCAGAGUGCUUGAGUGCACCCUUUGACCUGCUGAUAUGUAGAUCACAACAUCUGAUGCUUCCUGGAAUUGCCGAUUACUGUAACUGCUGCCCAUCUGUCAAUGAAGGAGCAGUUUCAGAACUCAGACUUGGGGGAGGAAAAGUAAUUAAUGGAAGUUAUAGAACUAACCAAAGACCUUCUGUCAACUCAGCCUUCUGAAACUCUUGCAAGUUCAGACAGUUUUGCUUCUACUCAGCCCACACAUUCAUGGAAAGUAGGAGACAAGUGUAUGGCAAUCUGGAGUGAAGAUGGACAGUGUUAUGAAGCCGAGAUUGAGGAGAUAGAUGAAGAAAAUGGCACCGCUGCAAUCACCUUUGCUGGCUAUGGCAAUGCUGAAGUGACUCCACUGUUGAACCUCAAACCUGUAGAAGAAGGAAGGAAGGCAAAGGAGGACAGUGGCAACAAGCCCAUGUCAAAAAAAGAAAUGAUUGCCCAGCAGCGUGAAUAUAAAAAGAAGAAAGCUUUGAAAAAAGCACAGAGAAUAAAAGAACUUGAGCAGGAAAGAGAGGACCAGAAGGUGAAAUGGCAACAGUUUAACAAUAGAGCCUAUUCUAAAAACAAAAAAGGCCAGGUUAAAAGGAGUAUUUUUGCUUCACCUGAAAGUGUAACCGGCAAAGUUGGAGUAGGAACUUGUGGAAUUGCUGAUAAACCUAUGACACAAUAUCAAGAUACCUCUAAAUACAAUGUCAGGCAUUUGAUGCCUCAAUAAUCAGAAAAACUGUUGGAUUUCAUCUCUGCAGGGCUUUACAUUUACCUUUUUAUCCUUAUAUUUUUCUAAAGGUAAAUUAUUUGUUAGAUGAGUAAGGAAGAUACCAUUGUCGUCCUUGUUUGACUUCAAUAGAAUGAAACUUGAAGAAAUUGCAUUUGAUAACUGCUAUUCAUUUAACUUUUGUUACUACUACCACAGUUUCCUCAAAGUUUGUUGAAUAAAGCAACUUUUCUAGAUAGAUGCUGCAUAAAUACAGCACUUAGAUGAAUUGUUGAUCUUCCUAAUAUCAGGCCCUUACUUAAUGGAUGGUGUAUACAUUUUGUGAAGUCCUAACUUGGAAUACUCAGAUCUUUGAACUUGCCACAUAUUGUAGCAAUUCACUGGAACAUCAAGGCAAAAUACCAACCUGUUAAAGAGCUCUUUUAUCUUCAACGUAAACCUAGCUAUUGCCUAAUUAAGCCUAGAAAUAUGUUAAUUUGUAAAUGGCAAACUUUGUUUUGAGGUUUUUCCUUCAAUAAUUUGUUUGCUAAGCCUAUUAGGCUAUCUCUAAAAAUUGAUUCAGCUUUUACAUUCUUUCCGCUGAGUUUUAAUUUUAUGUAGUAAGAAACCAUGUUUAGGACCUGCUACCUUUUCUAAGGUGGUGUUUUUUUUUUUAAUAUUUGCUCUUUUCCUGUGUUGAUUUUUCCCUUAUGGUAGUGGUACCAUUUUUUGGAUGUGUAAUGUUUAUAUAAGAAAACAAAAAGCUGAUGUAUAGCCCUGUAUACAGUGUAGAUACUAUUUUUGUAAAAAAACAAAAAACAAAAAAACCAAGGCUAAAUUAAUGAACAAGAAUACUGAAUGUUUCAUCAUUAAAAAUUUACUGUAUUUCUUGUGCAUUAAUCUGACCAUAAUUUCCCUGUAUAUUAUGUUCAUGUAGCUGAGUUUGUAAUUUUUGUUAACUAGAUCAAGUUGUCAGCAUUUGUUGGUUUAAGUGAACAUCACAGUUAUCCUGAGUUGAGUUUAAGCCAAAUAUAUGCAUAGUAAAAUGUCUUCCUAUUACUGGAAGAUGGUGAUUUUUAGGAUAUGUGUUAAUUUCAGUUUUUUGUAUGUUUAACUUUUAUUAAAUAAAGUGUUUUUAAAAUCUCCAGGAUGUGUUAACAGAAGGGUGGUGAAGUCCUAGCUGGCAGCAUUGAUCUAGUGAUUAAGCUUCAGUGUACAUGCAUUCAUCAUUUCCACAGAAAAGAGAAUAUUGAGUGUGUGAUAAAGGUUUCAAUAAAUCCUUACGUACUUCUUCCAUUAGAUACAAGACAUUGGAUCCUAAAGGACAAACUAUUUUUAUUUUAAGGGUUUGUGCUGUGUAUAGAGGUGUUUGUAAAUUUUUGGUAAGGGGGAAAAUAAAAAUUUUAAUUUAAUGAAUUUUAAUUAUUUUGGCAAAUUGAAACUUAGGAGGACAGUGGUGAGAAGUAGAAUUCUUUAUAUUGCCCCUUCUCCUCCCUCCCAACCCAGGAGGAUCACUGUUUUCCUUUCUAUAAUUUAUGGCCACAGGGUAGAAUUUGUAGGACAGAAUGAAAGGUGAAGUCUUUCUUAAAUACAUGGCACAAAUUACAACAGAAAGGGGCUACUUAGCCUGAAGAACUCCUAAAAAUACACUGUUCUUGUAACCGGUGUGACAAGCAUCUUAAGAACUAAUAAUGGUAUCUUUGAAGGAUUGCAAGGAAACUCUAAAAAGCACUUGGAAGGAAAUUUGGUAUAAUUGUGUCACCAACACAAAAUGGAUUUUGGUGAGAUUACCUUGGCAUGUUUGUUGGAAUAGUAAUUUCACCUGGUGUUUGUGUAGGCAAGACUCUUGUGUUGAGACUUGUAUCUCCUUUGACCCAAAGAGUCACAUUUAAUUUCUGCACAUUUAAUUCUGGAGGGGCUUUGCAGGAGAGAAAAGGAAUAAAGGUGACCAUACUAUAUAAAACAUUAAAAAAAAAAAAAUGUAUAGCACAGGAGUCUUUGUGUCAAAGACCUAGAUAUGGCCCUUUGAAAAGUCCUGGUGUCAAGAUGAUAACAGUGUUUCUGGACUAAACUAAAAGGAUCCCUAGGGACAUGGAGUACCUGUCUCCUAGUGUGAGGUUUUAAUGAGAAGCAUGAUACCAGUGGUAUUUUACAAAUGAAGGUGGCUAAGUUCAAUACUCUUAAAAUCAAAUAUGACACUGUCUUAUGGAGCUCUGUUAUAAAAUGUAAUUUCCCCUCUGUCAAGAAAGGAGUCUUGAAGCUCUGAUGAAACUGAAUAAACCAUUUGUCAUGUACAG